UGGUAUCGAUCGCGUCAAUCGUUCCAGCGGUGGUCGCGGCGGUGAAAAAGAAAGUUUCCUCCAAGGAAGAUCGCACAUAUCGAUUGCGUUGUCGUUCCAGAAAAGAAAAAAUACCACGUACUUUCCCAGCCACUCAAGUGCCAUUUGGAAUUUUGAGUUUGCACUUUGAGGAAGCGCUCGUUUCUGCGGACCCAGCUCAAUACCAUUUUUCGAACUGAUCGUGCCACCGCGAUUGGCCGUUCCGUCCAAUGAAAUUCUCUCGAAAAUUUAAGAUUUGUGUGAUUUGAUUCAGUUUUCGAAUUAAUUAGUAAUUAAGCUGUGAUAAAUUCGCGAAAAAUACAACCUGGAGUGGAAAUUUAUUGUGAUUAGAUCGAUAUCUGCAAAUCUGAUAAGUCGGCGCCGCCUUACGUGUGUGUAGAUGAAGCUUUGAGUGUCUCGACAGUAUGGAAUCACCUAGUGUCGUGUGUAUCUUGGGAUUAUUGUUACUAUCAGCGAUUCAGAUAAAUUGUAACAACUACACAGAACGUGCCAUAGAAAGUACGACAAUUCGAAACUCAAAACAAAACCCAUUUCUAGAAUGGAUAUCCGGAGUAGUAGGCAAACCAUCAUCAACGUCAAACCCGCAGGCACCAGCACAGGAUAUCAACGUUAAUUGCCGCGCUUGCACAUGUGGCCUGGCAAACAAGAAACGUCGAAUUGUAGGCGGUCAGGAGACACUCGUGAAUCAAUAUCCUUGGGUUGCCCAGCUUCAUUACUCAAAUCGAUUCUAUUGCGGAGCAGCCUUGAUUAACGACCGCUAUGUACUGACAGCUGCGCAUUGUAUUAAUGGUUUCAGCCAUGAUCGUGUUACUGUGCGCCUCUUGGAUCAUAACCGAGCAAGCAGUAGUCCUCAGAAAAUUGAUCGAAAGGUAAAACGAGUGAUUCGUCACUCCAGCUAUAGCUCUACGAGCUACAAUAACGAUAUUGCUCUGCUUCGGCUGGACAAGCCUGUGGAGUUGAAGGACCAACUUCGUCCAGUAUGUCUACCAACUCCAGGAAAACCUUUCACCGGAGAAACAGGCAUUGUUACCGGUUGGGGAGCAGUCAAAGAAAAUGGAAUGACUUCAGACACAUUACAAGAGGUCGAUGUACCAAUCAUGUCCAACUCCGAGUGUAGACGAUCGGCUUACGGCCCAACCCGCAUUACAGAUAAUAUGCUGUGCGCAGGCCACAAGACUGGGAUGAAAGACUCAUGUCAGGGUGACAGCGGUGGUCCAUUGCAUGUACUGAGUGGCAAUCAGUUUCAAGUUGUGGGAGUGGUAUCCUGGGGUGAAGGAUGUGCUCAACCCAACUAUCCUGGAGUCUAUGCACGAGUCAAUCGAUACGGAACUUGGAUUCGAAGUAACACACGAGAUGCAUGCUACUGUCAUCAUUGAUCCAAAGGAUCAUUGGAAUCAUAUCAAUUUGGAAUUUUAUUUAUUUAUUUAUUUAUAUAUUUAUUUUUCAUAAAUAAACCUAUUUGCCAGGAAA